CGAGCUUUACGUCCCACCCUCCGCUUCGCAGCGCGACAGGAAGUUUGCUUAGAAGCAACAACGGAAGCGGGAUUUCUACUUAAAAACAUGGAUUUAAAAGAUUAAUUGAGUGAUUUGAAGUCGCAGACGGCUCAGAUGAUGUCUAACGCGGCGAGGAGCGGGGACAUCAUCCACCUGAACGUCGGCGGGAAGAGGUUCAGCACCUCCCGACAGACGCUGACGUGGGUUCCUGACUCCUUUUUCUCCAGUCUUCUGAGCGGUCGGAUCUCGACUCUGAAGGAUGAAACUGGAGCUAUCUUCAUCGACAGGGACCCGUCUCUGUUCGCCACCAUCCUCAACUUCCUACGGACCAAAGAGCUGCACCCCCGCUCCAUCAACGUGCACAUGCUCAUGCACGAGGCCGAGUUCUACGGCAUCACGCCGCUGGUGCGUAAGCUGCAGCUGUGCGACGAGCUGGACCGAUCCUCCUGUGGAAACGUGCUGUUCAAUGGCUACCUGCCUCCACCAGUGUACCCGGCGAAGCGCCGUAACCGUCACAGCGUAGCGGGAUCGCAGUUCAUGGCCGGCCGAGUCGUGCCUGCAGAGAGAGCGCCGGUCAGACGCAGCAACACCAUGCCCCCCAACCUGGGGAAUUCUGGGAUACUGGGCAGAGCCAGCACUGAGGAGAGGACGCCUGGAGGUCAGGUAUCAGAUCCCGGCCUGGUCCGGAUCAUCUGUGGUCAUCACAACUGGAUCGCUGUGGCCUACGCGCAGUUUGUCGUCUGCUACAGGGUGAAGGAGUCCACCGGGUGGCAGCAGGUCUUCACCUCCCCCCGUCUGGACUGGGUGAUCGACAGAGUCGCGCUCAACGCCAAGGUGAUGGCGGGCUCUCUGGGAGACAACGACAAGAUGGUGGCCGUAGCCUCGGGAACGGAGAUCAUCCUGUGGGCCAUCUGCCCGGACGGCAACGGAAACGAAAUCGGCGUCUUCAGUCUGAACGUGCCGGUAGAGGCUCUCUUCUUCGUUGGUAACCAGCUGAUCGCCACCAGCCACACGGGGAAGGUCGGGGUUUGGAACGCCGUCACCAAACACUGGCAGAAUCAGGACGUGGUUCCCAUCAGCAGCUACGACACCGCCGGCUCCUUCCUCAUCCUGGGCUGCAACAACGGAUCCAUCUACUAUAUAGAUGUGCAGAAGUUUCCUCUGAGGAUGAAGGACAACGAUCUGCUGGUGACGGAGCUGUACAGAGACCCGACUGAAGACGCCAUCACUGCUCUCAGCGUCUACCUCACUCCCAAAACAAGUGACAGCGGGAACUGGAUCGAGAUCGCGUAUGGGACCAGCUCUGGGACGGUUCGAGUCAUCGUUCAGCAUCCAGAGACGGUCGGCUCGGGGCCGCAGCUCUUCCAGACCUUCUCCGUCCACCGCAGCCCCGUCACCAAGAUCAUGCUGUCCGAGAAACACCUCAUCUCAGUUUGUGCGGACAACAACCACGUGCGGACGUGGACGGUGACUCGCUUCAGAGGGAUGAUCUCCACCCAGCCGGGCUCCACGCCGCUCACCUCCUUCAAGAUCCUCAGCCUGGACGACAUCGACGGGCACGGAGGCUGCAGCGCCGGGACAGAGAUAGGUCCGUAUGGAGAGAGAGACGACCAGCAGGUGUUCAUCCAGAGAGUCGUACCGGACACCGAUAAACUCUACGUGAGGCUGUCGUCCAACGGAAAGAGGGUGUGUGAGGUGCGCUCGGUGGACGGCACCUCCAUCACGGCCUUCAUGGUCCACGAGUGCGAGGGCUCGAGUCGCAUCGGCUCUCGGCCCCGUCGGUACCUGUUCAGCGGUCACAGCAACGGCAGCAUCCAGAUGUGGGACCUGACCACCGCCAUGGACAUCGCUGGCAAGGUCGACAUCAGAGCGCUGGGCGGGCCGACCGAGGAGGAGCUGCUGGAGCUGUUGGACCAGUGCGACCUGGCUCUGACCAGAACACCUGACAGCACACCUAGAGCCUCCACCUGCAGUCUUCACUCUCAGCUCAGCGACGUCUUCAGGACGGAGCGUCUCCACCCUGCAGCGGGAGGACGAGCAGCCGGAGCUUCGGGUUCGUCCGCUUCGCUGUGCGGCAGCCUCCCCCGCCAGGCUCCGCCCCCCGUGCCCCUCACCAAACCGGUCAGAGACUGCGGCCUAUCAGCUGGGGUCGGGCCGCACACACUAACCAUCCCAGCCUACGGCCACAACUCCGGCACCGGCCCGACCGCCAGCCCCCGGCUCCCCAGACACCCGGACCGAGACCGGGAGUGGGGGUCUCUCCGAAGGGGGAGCUUUGUGGAACGCUGCCAGGAGCGCGCCAAGGGUUCAGAGGCCGGCUCAGGGUUCGGGGUCCCGGCGGGAACGGAGGGUGUCAGACGGAGCUUAGCGGUGUGCAGCGAGUUAGAGGCUAGGUUCGGCCUCAGGACCCCCACCACCUUCUCUGUGUCGCCCGGUGCACGCCACUCCUCAGGAACACCUUCGUCACUGUCAUCAUCAUCACCGCUGUCCUCAUCUUCAUCACACCGCAGGUCCACGCCUAUUUCCCCAACAAGCCCCGCCCCACCUCCAGCCAUGAGCCCGACCCGGUCUCAGGCGCCUGCCUCGCCUUGUCGCCCUGCUGCAGCGUCUCGUGCAACGUCUCCUGCUGAUGUCCCGGCUUCACCGGAAAGCCCGGCGAGUCCAGACAGCCCCGCCGUCGGCCCGCCCACCAGCCCCAAACCACACAUGAACGAGACCAGCUUCUGAUUGGCUGUUCUGUCUGAGACUCAUGAACCCGACAGUUGAUCCUGAGAGCGGAUUCAUGUUUCCGCGGGUUUGUCCUUAAUCAGCGGCUGAAUACAGUUCUGUUGCCAUAGUUACCAGAUGCUGGUUGGUUGUUUCCUGGCGUCCAGCUCACGGGAUCACGGCUAGCUACCCAACGUCAGGUGGGAGUAAAAACAGCUGAAAGUCUCGACUGUUGUCCUAAAGACGCACUAAUCAAUAUUUCUACAAUAUCAAUAAAAGAAAUGACUCGGUGUCACGUGAACAGGACUGUUCAUUAAGCUCCGCCUCCCUCAGUUAUUGUCGCUGUCCUGUCAAUCUACCUGUUCUCACACGGCAUGUGAUGGAUUUCAGACAGAAGUAAACAAAAGCAGCUUCCAGUAAACAGCGAGCGAGCGAGCUAGCUAGCUAGCUAAUUGUGCUAAUGUUAGCGCCAUGAGUUGGUUGAAAACGUCUCCGGCUGACUCAUUUUAUGGCUACAUACAUGAUGUCAUGCUAACAGACUGAAGCUAAAGCUAACAGCUGACAUGAAGAAACACCAUGUUCUUGUGUGGCAGCGAUAGGUAGUCCUACUGUGCUAUAUUAGCGUUAGCAGCUACGCUAGCACUUUCCAAACAGUUUUCUCCUCAAAUACUUUUCUCUUUUUAAAAGUGAAGCAAACUGUUUGAAGACACAUCUGUGUUUGUCUUACCGCAGAGUUUUUAGUGCUAGCAUUAGCUUAAAAUCCAGUCGUUAUGGAAGCCCAUUUCUGCCACUGUGAUGGGGGGGAGAAAAAAAAAAGUCCUGCAAAAUUAUUAAUUUCCUCAAAAUAAUGAGUAACAUUCUCAAAAUAUUGAGUUAGUACCUCCAUAAUAUUGGCUUACUAUUUAAAAAGUCAUUAUUUUGAGAUAUUAACUCAUUAGAAUAACUAACAGGAUCUUUUCAUUGGUUUCAUCACAGUGGCAGAAAUGGGCUUCCGUAAGUCGUCGUCCAGGAAAGAGACUUUUUAUAAACUCCUGGGAGGUGAAAUCAAGGACGCGUUGUUUUCAUAAAUUAACGUAGCUUUUUUAAGCAACGGAGGAGAAAAGUUUGUUUAUUUUUUGUUUUGCAGGUAAGUUUCUCUAACCGGGACCCUUUUCUAUUCAACCGUCUGAUCAAGUUUGUAUAGAAACUAUAUUUUUUUGUAAAUUCACACUGUGAUGAAGGAAAACACGUCGUCUUCAGUUUGUCUUUUCGCCAAGCCUGAACGCCUCACAGUGACAGCCAAUCAGCUUUCAGCUCUGCUUUUGCUGCCAAAUUAACACCGACAGACGAAAAGAUGCUGAUGGGAAAUUUCAGCAACACUUUUACCUGGAAAGAUCUUUUGUUUUGUGGAAACUAAUUACAGGAAAAAAAGAUUUCUUUGAAAGCUCCGUUUAAACCCCCCCAAAAAUAUUAAUAAAAGAUUAAUUAAUUAUUGAAAACAUUCUUUAUGUUGAUGUUAUUGUACGUUUACCUGUUACACUCUUUAGGCAUUAAUUAUUUUGGUGUACUACUGUGGUGGAAUUUAACAAAGUGUAUUUAUUCAAGUACUGCAGUCAAGUCAAUUUUUCAUGUACGUGUACUUUACUUGUCAGAACUUCUACUUCACUACAUUUAUCUGACAUGAAUUACUUUUCAGAUUCAUAUUAAUAAAUAGAUUAUGAUGUAAUAUUAUAGUUAAGAAUCCUGCAUUAUAAGUAUUUUUACUUUUUGUACUUUAACUAUGUUUUGAUUUUAAAACUUUUUCAGUAACAUUUUAUAAGCAGGACUUUAACUACAGUAUUAGAGUAACUAGAGUAUUUCUACACUACACUUCCCACAAUAUCAGUGCUUAUCCGGAUUAAUUUAAUUAAUUCUAUCAUUAGAAAUUAUUCUUAUGUUCUGCUGCAAAGUAAUGCAAACAACAAAUGAGAGAUAAUUAUAAAUAAUUCUGUCUCCGUCUGUAUUGUUUGGUUUUGCAUCAAGCGUUCACACUUGUGACAGCGUGAUUGGCAGAAACCCUGAAUCAGUUCCACAUGAUGACGUUCUUUCCAGGAGACUUUCAGAGAAAUUAUUAAAAGGAAAAUAUGAACCCGUGAAGCAGAGUCGUCCGCCGUCCAAACCUCCUGUGAGUUCCCCGUUUGUAACUUUGACACUUUGGGUUUUUAUUUCUCUGGUGUUUCUUUCAUCUUUGUGGACUUUUCACUGAAAUCACACGUUUUCUUUACACAUGUAGCAGCUUUCAGCAUUAAGCUUUUAAGUUUGUACCUUUUUGUUCUCCGGUCUGUGAUGUGAACGUUCAGAGCCACACAGAAACUCAACUGGACCAUUUUAUUAUAAUAUAUUUUAUUUAAGUUUAAAACACAGACGGUAUAAAAUAACGUGUGGCAAAAUAUGGUUAAAGAGGUGGCUUUGUGCUUUUUGGCUUUUCCCCUCUCCUUUAUUGAGAUUAUCUUUUUUGUGCAUGUAAAGGAUUUUGAACCUGAAAAUGAGCAGAAUACCACCUCUUUAGUGAAAAUCUUAGUUUUAUUUAUACAUUAUUUAGGUUGUUGACUGUAUUACAGAUUAGUCUGUUUCUGCAGUGUAAAUAGUUUAGUUUAUUUUUUGCAUUUUAAUUAAGUUUGGCUUGCUAACCGGUAAUCCUGCGGCUUUACUUCCUUCCUGCUAAUAAAUUAUGAUGAUGGGUUUGGGUUGGAGGCUCUACACGGCCGCAGCUAGAUAAAUUUGAAUCUCGAGCCUUGAAAAUGGCGGCCCAUUUACCAAUGGGUGACGUCACAGGGGCUACGUCUUUUAUUCCGUUUGUGGCUUAAAAUCAUAAAUGCUUUUAAGAGGAAAAAGCAAAAUCAGGCUAAUAAUUGAUAAGAGUUCAGUAUUAAAUGAAUAAAAACAUUAUGAAAUUAACAUGAGCAAAUUGUAUAAAAAUUAAGAUAUUAAAACAUUUUGAAAUUGUUCUUCAUAAAUGUAAUAACUGUCAUUGGACUUUUUUUAUUUCAUUACAUAUUUUCAACUUUGUUAAGUUCUUUCUAGUUGUGGCUCUUCUUGCUUUUUAUUUUAAAAAUGUCGUCUUGUAGAAUCACGAUGAGGAUUUUCACUAUUUUCGGACAUUUUAUGGACAAGAUGAUUAAAAGAAAAAAAAUUAAUUAGUUAUAGUCCAACGUUUUAUAAAAUCAGAAUUCAGUCCUGUAAUAGAAAAUAUUUUGUUUCAUUUUGGAUUUCCAUGUUUCCUACGACCUGUGAAUGCAGCAUUUGUGGCUCUGAACUGUUCCUGUCUGUCUGUUUUCUGCUGUUUUGAACAUUAAACUUUAUUAAAUCCAGUCACGCUAACGGCUCAUAGAGCAACUCUUGUUACGGCUGAACUCAGGUCAGCUCUGAGGAGGUUUUUUAAUAUUUCUAUCUGAAGCUGCUUGAUACGUCAGAUUGUCUUUGUAUUAAAAAAUAAAUAAAAUACUUGACUUGUGAAAA